AUGCCAGUGCCUGCUCUGUGCUGCUGUUCACCUUGCCUGCUGCGUGGAAGCACGAGAGGAGGUCUGCUAGCGCGCCCACGAGAGCGGAUCGACCAAAGAGGCAAGGGGAGGGCUUCUGGAGCGCCGAAGUCACCGUGUGGGGCGCUGCGGAUGAGCUCGGACGAGGAGCAGGAUGGGGCCGGACGAAGAGGCGGGCGCAUGGCCUUCACCGACCAGAAUGACUUCGAAGGCGGGAGGUGGAUCAACGGGGAGUACUACUACGAGACCCAGCGGAAGGGCCAGAUGCAGACGGAGGACGACCGUAUCCUCGGAGUGUUCCAAGACGGCAGCAGCGACGAGGACGAGGGGAGGAAGAAGAAGAAAGGCGGCGGCGGCGGAGGACGCAAGCAGCAGUCUUCGGGCAAGGACCACAGCAAGCCCAUGUCGUUCGUCGGCGGGAAGGGCCAGGGGGGGAGCGGGGGCGGUUCAAAGGCGAGAAACAACAAGGCGACGCCUGCCGCUGCUCCGGGGGCCGGGGCUGGUGGACCCGGUACAGCCGACGGCGACGGCGGAGAGGAGGACGAUGAGGAGGAAGAGCAGGAGAACCCGUCCGCGGCCGUAGCCCGCCAGAAAACGCAGCAGCACUUCCGGGACCUCCUCAACAAUGCCGUGGCAUCGGCGGCAGCGGAACCGAGGAAGCAAAACGCCUCCAAGCCGCCGCCACCCCCGCCGCCACCCCCGCUUGGUGGCACUGCCUCGCCCGGGAUAGGUAGCACAACACCAGCAGUCGCAGCGGUAGACAGCGGCCCGGUGGCAGCGGAUACUAGGAGCAACGCAGAUUUUAGAGCAUUGUUAGGAAAGAUUCCGCCGCCGCCGCCGCCGCCGCCGCCACCGCCACCGCCACUCGUACCUCCGGGGGCAUCCGCGGCGGCAGCAACUUCUGGAGGGCUUGGUUUGGGCGCGAAGAGGGGGGUGGGGUCGGGGCUUGGGGCAGGAGCGAGGGCAGGCCUAGGGGCGGGGGAGAAGGAGCCUGAGAAGGAGCAGCCGACAAAGAUGAAGCCCUUGCCGGCCAAACUUGACGCUGGUUUCGGGAACUGGGAGAAGAACACCAAGGGGAUCGGUAAGAAACUGCUGAUGAAGAUGGGGUUCAAGGGCAGGCUGGGCAAGAACGAGGAUGGUGUGACGCGGCAGCUGGAGGUCAAGGUCCGACCGGGAUUGUCGGGAUUGGGGUUCGGAAACUUCAAGGAGGCCACCACCCUCAAGGUGAACCGCGAGAUCGAAGCCGAUCGACAGGGGAAGACGCUGGAGCAGAUGGAGGCGGAGAUGGGGCUGGCGGCGGCAUCCGGCGGCGGCAGGGGGGGGCGGGCAGCAAAGUCUAAGGAGGAGCAGAUGGCGGACAAGGGUCUUUGGCGGAAGAACGCCUCGGGGAAGAAACGAAAAAGGUACAUCACUCCGGAAGAGCUCCUCCAGCAGCAGGAGGAGGAAGCGAAGGAGAAAGGGGAGGUCAACGCGCCCGCCAAGCAGAUCAUCGUCGACAUGCGCGGCCCGCAGACCAAGCUCGUGAGCACGAUGGACGACCUGGCGCCGCUGGCCUCGGGGGCCGGAGGCGACGGCGGUGCUCCCAAGCUUGGCCAGGAGCUGCUGCAUAAUGUCGGCCUGAUGGUGGGGCUGGCGGAAACGGAGAUACAGACGUUACACCGAAGGAGGAAGGUGGAGGCGGACAGAGCUAAGGCCCUCGAGAAGGACGCCGCCGAUCUGAGGAAGAAGGUCGACGCCUCGGGGGAGAGGCUGUCCCGCCUGGAGCACGUGGAGACGAUCCUGUUCCGGGUGCACGACAAGGUGCUCAAGGACCCAGCCUCGGUGACCGCGGACAACGUUCUCAAGGCGUUCCGGACGUUACGGGAGCGUUUCCCCGAGGAGUACGCCGUCUUCGGCCUCGCCCAGCUCGUGCCGGCCAUGGCCGCCCCCGUCCUCAAGAGGUCCCUCGCCGGCUGGAGCCCGCUGCAGGCGCCCACCGAGCCGGCGCGGCUGCUGGCCUCCUGGAAGGACGUUCUCACGGACACCUCCGGUGCGGUGGAGGGGGAGGGGAGGGCGAGGCGCUGGGAAGGGCAGGCGGCGUUCGAGUUCUUGGCGAACGACCUCGUGCUUCCUGCGGUGAGGUCAGCCCUCGUGAACGAGUGGGAAGUCAGGGAUCCCACGGCGGCCUUGCAGCUCUCCGAGGCGAUGGUGUUGGCCGGCGUCGGCGACCAGAUCGUACAGUCCUUGCUGGAGCAGGCGAUCUUGCCGAAGCUCACGAGGGGAGUCACGGAGUGGAACCCGCGAACGGACACGGUUGCCAUCCACACGUGGAUUCACCCCUGGCUGCCGCUGCUAGGCUCUCGGCUUGCAGGCCUGUUCCCGGAGAUCCGUCGAAAACUGGAGGCCGUUCUGGUGCACUGGAACGACGUCUUCGACUCGACGGUGUACGUCAUCCUGUCCCCUUGGAAGAACGUUUUCGACUCCCGCAGCAUGGAGGCUCUGCUGAGCAAGUUCGUCGCGCCCAAGCUGGUGGCUGGCCUGAGGGCUUCGCUCGUCAUCAACCCCGCCAACCAGGACAUGGCUCCCUUCGACAUGCUCAUGAUGUGGGCAGACCUCCUACCGCCGUUGUACAUGACCAGCAUCCUCGACGUGGAAUUUUUCCCCAAGUGGCUCACGGUGUUGCACCGCUGGCUCAGCGAAACAGCGGACUAUGCCGAGGUUGCUUUAUGGUACCAAGGCUGGAAGGAUCGUUUCCCGGAGAGGUUGCGAUCGGACCCCAGGGUGAUGGCCCAGUUCAGCGCGGCCCUGAGUCUCAUGGACCAGGUGAUGCAAGACCACCAGCGGCUGGGUGUGCCCCUGCCAGCGGGCGCCAGCGAGCAGAUGGACUACAUGCGCGUCGUCGAGCACCGCAGGAUGGAGGCCGCCACGGUGCGGCAGCGCGAGAACGCCUCCGCCGCCGCCGCCGCGGCUGCCGCCGCCGCCGAGCAGGCUCGAUCGAGGGGGCCGACGACGGCGAGCUUCAAGGACGUCGUGGAAGGGUACGCGGCGCAGAACGGGGUAAUGUUCGUGCCCAAGCCUGGGAGACAGCACGAGGGAAAGCAGACGAAGGUCGGCUGCUGUCGCUUCGUGUUAGGCAUAUCACUUGUUGAUGCCUCGGUGGUGCCUGUGUCUUGUAUCUGUGGGAAGCCGCGACGGCUGCUGGUGGCCGCUCUUUGGUAG